CAUGGUAGAAGAUGACGAAUUCGUGGAAACCUCCGAUGUAGAAGAGCUCGAGGAACUGCAGAAAAAUGGUAGAAGAUUGUCCAAGGGCUCAAGUCCCAAGACUGCCUUCGUUAAUUUGCGCGUAGCGGAGUCACCACCCCGGAAGCGUAUGAAGCUAUUCCACGAGGAGGAUACAACGAAUGACCAUGAACCAAAGCCGGCCGCAUUGACCAGUCGUUCUCCACUCAAAUCUGUCUCAUCGACAUCUCCUUCUCGCAAGGAAGACGUGAUGCCAAAGGACCAACUAUCAAGGGCCACGGUAUCACCACCGAAAUCGCUAUUCACCACAAGGACAUCUCCAUCUCCCAUUCGGUCUCAAACAUCCUCUACUCUUCCCCUUACAAUGUCUCCAAGCCCCGCGUUUACCUCCUCACGUUCGCCCACCCGCACCCCGCCCAGUGAAUUUGAGGAUUCAGGAGAAAUAUGGGACGAGAAGGCCCUGACGAAGGUUUCCGCUCCGUCUCCGGACCAGUCGCAAGACCCAUUGCUGCUGGAUCUCAGUUCACGUAGUCCGAGUCGAAUGUCUUCUCAGGCUUCACCUUCGCGACCACCUCUUGCUUCUAUCCCGCUAAAUGAAGGUCAGGAAAUGGUUGUAGACAGUCUUAAACGUGCUAUGAUUUCGCCACAGCAAACUAUGAAUCCAAGUACGCCACACCGUGAAUUUGUUGCGACACACUCCCAGUCACCGGAUCCUCUUUCGUUGUUUCAUCCAUCACCCUCUCCUUCUUCUCGCAUUCGGCCUAAAUCCCAUUCUCCUGCUUCAACAAGCCCCAUUGCUGCUGCAAGCACUCUUAACGAGCUACUGAUAUUUUCUCCAACAUGGUCUGCCUCGCGGUCGACCUCUUUGUCACCACUAUCUGCAGCGCGCAACUUCUCUUCAGCGGCACUUGGUCAGCCCUCAAGUCCGACACGAGAAAAUUCUGCCCGACCGUCUUCUAGACAUUCUUCCAAUCCUCCACGUGAUCGAACUGGGGACGAUGCGUUGUCUGAAGCCGCCAUCCAGGCCAUUGUUCAAGAAGAGCAACAGUCCUCUCGUUACUCGCUGCGCCAACGACAGCCCGCUCAGCUAAGGCCAUAUACCUUGGAUCAGAUACAUUACGUUCAAGCUCUACAGGACAACCCGGAGGCUAUCAUAAAGCUCAGGAAUCUCCCUUUACAUCGACAUCGGCAUCCAGAUGAUCACUACGAAGAAGAGGACGAAACACAGCAAGAUCAUGAUGCAGAAUGGGAAGCACAGGAACGAAGAAGAUUACGCCGCGAGGAACUUCGUCGACAAGCCGAAAAUGAGAGGCGUUCUGAAGGCAGAAGCUCUUAUGAGCCGCACCGUCGAUAUGACGCUCUUCUCCCAGACUUACCAAGUACGGAUGAAGAGGAUCGUGAGAUGGACGCCGUUGCGAAGGAAGCGCGAAAGAUCCUUCGUGCGAAGGAAAAACAGCGCAAGGUCAAGGAGAAAGAGGAACACCAACGGCAGAGAGAAGAAAAGACUCACAACCCGAAACCGUAUCCUUUCUCGAAUGCAAGAUCCACACGUGGAGCAACUCCUGGUCCUUCCAGCCUCGGAGCGUCGUCCUCCAGGAACGACGAUCCAACGGCCCAGGAAGACCACGAUCCCUUAUUUUCCUCCAGAGGUGUAACGCCACUCUUUUCGAGCCCAGGACCUUCCUCAAUGAAUGCUCGUCGGUCCUCCACAAGAUCGCCUUCACCACCCAAUGAGGACGACGUGCCUCGCGACUACUUUCAUGAAGACGAUGAGUUCUACAUGAACAACCCCAACGAAGUUCCCAUGCACGGAAUUGCAGAAAUUGCAGAACCAGAAUCUGAUCAGCCUGCCACUCUACCUCCCACAAGUAGCAGCCCACGGAUUUUGCAUGAAGAUGUGAUUGAACUCGACUCAGGCGAUGACCAGUCGCAGGCAGGACGAGAUCGUCGACACUCUUCCGCCGGUUCUCCCGAAAUUUUGCUUGACCUUCCGAAGUCGAAGAGACGCGUGCUCGGGAAAAUGAUGCCCGCUUUCAUGAUCAACAAGUUGAUCCAAAAAGGAGAAUCAUUUUCCAAAAGCAAACCUGACAAACGUGUUCGAUCUCCUAGUCGCUCUCGCGAACAUACAGGUCCAUUGGCUCCUGGCGAAACGAGAGUCAGAAAAUUCGCCAAUCCCAAGGAUAUCGGGGAUAUCAAAGGGGACUCCGAGAGCGAAGAAGAGACGCAUCGAAUUUCAGGCUCUAGCUCAAGUUCUAGCCCCAGUGAUCAUACAUCUAGCAGUGAAGACAGCGAUUCCAACUCUGGUGAUGUCGAGAUUCUUCACACGUACCGUCAUCGAUCUCCGCCAAAGCCUAUACCUGAGGUCAUUGAUCUCGUCCACCAUGUUUCCACGUCGGAAAACUCUUCUGAUGACGACGAUAUCCAGUUCUUUGUUCAUCGUGAAAAACCUGCUUAUCGCAGGAAAGUGACGAAGAAGAUGGGCGAUCAGAGUCUCAUCGAUUGGAUGUUGCCCCGAGUCCGUACCACUGGAGGAAACGGGAAAGAUCGCCAACAAGCCAAGUCCGAAAGGCGUCAACGCCGACAUCGCCCUUCCGGCUAUAGAAUCGAUGUCAUGACAAGGGGCAGUCGUGGCCACGGCAGAGAACGCCAAACCCUCCUUUCUUUUGAUAAAUUCGAAGAGAAGAAACAUAAGCACCGGAUCGAUCCUAUCAUCGUGAACUGGCGUUCCAGCACGGGAGGCUCUAAGUCCUCAAGGCAAUCUGCAGCCAAUCAAGAGAGUCCUUUCCAUGAGGAUGUUAGCCACCACGCCCUCCCAGGAACAGACGAUUAUGUCAUGGCGGUUCCAGAGCAUGGGCCAAAAUUGAGUCGCAGAGGGAGGGAAAAGUUACGGAGAGCCCAAGCAAAGAAGAAUGGUAUAUACAGUUUCUCGUCGGGCGGUGGCCGACGUGUUACAACUGGCCGGAGCCGGGAUAACGCCUUCUUCACUGUGGACCUGGAAGAUGAAGGAUUUCAUCGAGCUUUGGCGCCGCUUUCCGCUGGGAGUGCCGCAGGUUACGAAUGGCCAAAGAAGUAUGAAGCUCCACUUCAUAAAAAGGCAAAGACACACUGCAAGACCCAAUCGACUAGUAUUGCCCAAUCCUCCGAGCUUGCACUUUCACAAGGCAGUUUGCACGAUCAAUUCUCAAACUCCUCUCAGCUCAAGGAAAGUAACAGCGUGCAUAUUGCAAUCGACCUCAACAUUCGUCACCUCCUUUCUGGAAAGAGUUUAUCCCCCUCUUGCUACAUUCGUAAAGGCCGACUCCAUGAGCUCACCAACGUCGUCUUUGGAAACCAAGAGCCUCCAGCACCGGUCUCCACGAUCUUACGCGGCUAUGACCUAGGGCCCACGGUGGGUGUCGAGAGACUUUGCUCGCUUUUGCCCAAACUCUGCGAUUCAUUCCUCGAUUUCUCGGGCGGCCUUCCUGAUCCUGAUUUUGACGAAUUGGUUGUACAGUGGGUCCAAGCGGCACACGCUCUUCCUCAUCUUGUUUCUUGGUAUCUGAAGACCUCAGAGGAAAAUCACAGGAUUCUUUUGCAGGAGACGGUUGAAAGGGAAAUUCUUCGUCUUGUGGACGAGCUUGAAAAAUCGACCUUGACGUUCAUUGACAUCCCCGCCCUGACAACCACAUGGUUUGCUGUUGAUAUGGCUUCCCGCCUUCUUCCUUUUCCGUCGACCUUGCCAGCAUCCAGCGGCCUUACACACCCUUUAAAGUCAUCCUCGUCACUCUUGAUGCGAUUUCUUCUUCAGUCUGACAUCCAGAAGGUGUCUGAUGUCGUUCAAAGCGACAACGGGUUGGACAGCGGGUCCAGAGACGCAUAUGCGGCUGAGUUGUGGGUUUGCUUGAUCCACCUUCUCAAUGGCACUACACAGGGAGUGCAAACGAAAGCGCCGAAGAACUACGCUUUCUGGACAAUUCUAACUGAUCUCGUUCAGACGAAAGUUAAAAUAUUCAAUGCAGCUCAAAGCUUGAAAGUGAGCGAGAAUAUUUGGUUAACCAUCUUCACCGUUUGCUCCCUUUCCCAAUUCUCCAUUCAUGGGAUGACGACGGGUGAGCCCCGUCUCCCUGCAUGUUGGGAUCUCGUUGCCCUCGCCUUAAAGACAAUCCGGCUGACUGACAGCGCUGAACAACUUCGCGACCUUAACCCUGUCAAGCUGCAACUCCGUGAUCGAUAUGUUGGUUUGGUAACAAGCCGCUGCGCCCAUCUACGAGAGAAAUGGCAGUGGCGGCUUGAUGAUGGUUCGCCUAUGUUCAACCAGCUUGCAGAGAUCUUCAGAAGCCGCAACUUUGCAAACCUGCGCCACGAAGACGAGAAGAAAAUGCCUAAGUUCUUUGUUGCGAGGAAUUGGGAGUAUCUGUCUGCUCAUGGUUCUUCAGAAACCGCAUUCUCCAUCUUCCUCAAGUUAAUCGUCCAAGCCGCACGAGACGACGAAAAGAACACAGGCCGCAAGUCUUCCGCGAAGGUCAAGAAGCUCCUCUCCUUAGCGGUUCCGCUAGGUUCUCUUCCGUUCUCCAAAUCCAACCCUCCCACAUGCCGUGACUUUACCAUGUAUUGGAAUCGCCUUAGUGCAGUUGCAGUCUCCAUUUUUCUGGACCAAGAUGACUACGACGAUCGAACCAAGAAGGCGCGUCACUACGUAGCCUUCGAGGACGCUGACUACACAACCCGGCAUUUGAUCAUUUGUGGAAUUGUAAGGCUAACUGCGCUGUUGAUCACACGGAACAUUCAAAUCACGGCGAUGAUUGACUGGAUUGAGCAUAUAGCGAAGACCCUUCAACCUGAAGUAAAGGAGUUCAUGUCUAAAGAACGGAAUCAAGCCUUCGAUCCUUCCGAAAUGUCUAAAGCCGAGGCCAUUCGACUCACGAGCCACUUAAUUGCCUCUGUCGGCCAAAUUGUAACAUCGUUCAAAGAUUCACGCCAAUAUCCUGCUGCAGGACUGCUAGUGGUUUUGAAGCCCUUGCUGAUGCUGGCCAUCAUGAAGACCGAGGCUUUACGGCCCUCGCUUGGUUACCUCACUAGUGAAGUCUUGGCAACGCGUUCGUUGGCAUUACCCAAACCUCCUCGCCCAGCAAGAUUACCUUCUCGUGUUACGGUUGUCGAAGAGGAAAGUCAAGACUUCGGAGGGAUUGAUUUAGAUCUUGAUGGUAUGGAUUGGGACGCGCCUGGCCUCGCUGAAGCACUUGGGGACGCUCCGUCAAGUACUCCGAAUCCUGAACAAAUUCAGAAAGAAAACGCACUUCGCGAGGCUCUGUCGACGACUCAAUUCAAAUGGCUCGUGUAUAGUCACUUGAAGCCGUACCUUCAACCUCCACCUUCUAAUGUUGUCAGAAAAGACCACAUCAAAGCCUGCGAUCAGUGGUUGCGCCUGUGGUUAUGCUGCGCUGACAUCGAGACACACCCUACUAAGUGGACUAACUGCUUGACGCCGAUUGACAAUCUGACGAAGACAGUUGGAGAUGAAAUCUGGAUCUCCCGGGUGAACUUGAGCAUCAUGUACCAGCUCCUUCAGCUCGAUCCGAUGGUGUACUUGACGCUGAUGGAUCGAGCAAUGGAAGCAUUUUUCCUGGCGUUGGUUUCCUGUUCUCUGGAUCUUGAGAAUGGAUAUGUUUCCUUUCUGCUUUCAGUCGACAACCUUGCGCAUCCUCUGUUUGCCAACGCAACUUGUUUGCCCCCGCGAAAGGCCGAAACAGGAGAUUUUGAAUUUGCGACUGAGGAAUUCAUGCAGUUACGUCUGCCACUCAUCCAAGUCAUUUUCAGGAACCUGAACGAGUCGCUUCGCCACCAAGUGGCAGGCAGCCGGGAUUUGGAACCGGAGAACCAGAGGUACCUACACUUAUGCACCAAGAUGUUCUCUGCCAUGCGCAGCACACGCACGGCUUUAUUGCAAAAGGAUGAAACAUCCGACAAGGUGCAGAACUACAAUGAAUUUUGCAAGCAAAUUUUCAGUGCCUUGGAAGAAAAUCUCCAGCUUGCGAAAGAACGAUGCUUUGAAUUUUGGAUUGGGUGGGCACGAACACUGGCAAUGUG